UCGCCACGAGGUGGCAGCAUCGCCUUGACAGAACACCGACGAUCAGCUGUGACCAGAAGGUGGUGGGAGAAGCGGUGCGGCGCAGAUGCGCGUCAACGAUCGAGCGAGGAGCAUCUCGCGUCGCUCUGUGCUCGUCGCAGCUUCGUGCCAGGAAGCCCUGAGUGGAGCUACCGGUGUCCUGAAACGUCUGACCGAAACCUCGUUCUCCGGAGAGACUCGUCGGGUGUAGUCGUCCAGUCGGAUACGAGUCAGUUCCCGACCGGAGAAGCGAUCGAUAGCAUAAUCCGUCCGAUUACUAUUUAUCGCAUUUGCGUCGCACGAUCUCCUCGCACUUAAAAAAUCUCUCUACGCGAUGCCGUUCACGGCGGACGCGGCGGCGACUCAGAUACAAGAGCGCCUGAAGAAUAUUUAUAAUCUGGUGCACGAGAUCGAGAAUCAGCGGGUUCGCUCGGAACACAACCUAAACAACAUCAUGAAGACCCACGAGAAGGUGACGCCGGACGACAAAGUUUCCCCUUACUACCAGCAGAAGUUGAAGAAUUUAUACAACGCCGCGGUGACCGACACGCAGCAGGAAGAGGAGAUCCUGCGCAAGGCUCUCGGUAAGAUCAACGAGAUACGCACGAUACGAAAUAAACUGCGCAUACAGGCACGUCAGGGCGGCAACAAGGAGACCAUCAGGCGUGGCGCGCUGAUGAAAAUGGUACUCAGCACCGCGCAGACCCUGCCCCUCUACGUGGGAAAGACAUCGGGCGCUAAACUGCCACCAUUGUGCGGCGCGAUACCCGCCGAGCCUACGUACAUCGCGAAGACCGGCGAUAUGGUGGCCGCCUUGGUGAAGAGCAACGAGGAAGGGGAGAACUGGAUACUCGCGGAGGUCGUGCAAUUUAAUCCUGCGACAAACAACUACGAGGUGGACGACAUCGACGAGGAGCAGAAGGACCGUCACACGUUGUCGCGGAAGCGAGUGGUGCCGUUGCCAUUGAUGAGGGCCAAUCCCGAGACCGAUCCGUACGCCUUGUUCCCGAAGGGAUCUACGGUAAUGGCGCUCUACCCGCAAACUACUUGCUUCUACAAAGCGGUCGUGCAGCGUCUACCAACUACCGCCACGGAAGAGUACCUGGUCCUGUUCGAGGACGCCGCCUACACGACCGGCUAUUCACCGCCGCUGAAUGUGCCGCAACGCUACGUGAUUUCCAUCAAAGAGAGCAAAAAAAAUAAGAGUCAAUACCCCGAGAAGAGAACGUAUAAAGUAAGAAACACAUAUUUCUAGAACAGGUACGCUUAAUUCAUCUACGUUAUUCUAUGUAAUCUUUUGUACUUGACUUGUGAUAUAUACAAGUUAAAUUAAAUUACAGAUUUUUAGAA